GGUUAGGAUCCAGGAAGAGAGAAGUCAGUUCAUGGAUAUACAGGAGUCAAGGGAUGAUCCACCUGAUUUCUAUAGGUCGAAAGAUAAUAUAUUCAACUAUGACUGGAGAGAUGACCUCUCACAGAGUCAGAAUACCAAUACUCAGGACUGAAGAAGCAGUAGAGAUAUGGUUAACUUUGAAAGAGAGGAAGAGGAGGAUCCACGAAGUUUGCCUAAAUCACCAGAGCGAUAUACAAGCCAAUGAACAGAUCAAUACACGGAUUCCAACGAUCAAGAUAAUCUAACAUGCUUGCUAGACACUGUGUUAGAAGCUCAGGAUAAGUACAUAUCCAUGUUUCCAAAUAUGGGGAAUUUAAUCCACGAGAAUGAAACAAAGAGUUUUGAAGACAUUACCUUCUGUAUGUUACAGCAGGGCUUGUUCCUGUUUGAUGAAUACAAGAAGCUAAAUACUCGAGUCAACAGUGACUACCUCUCCAUCCUGAACAAACGCUUAUUAUCUGAAAAUGACCAGUUGAAGAAGAUUAAGGACCAGAGUAGUGAAAUCAUUAAAACACUUAAUGAAAAUCUCUGUCACAGAGACAAGCGGAUCGAAGAACAGCUUGAACACACUAAUAAGAAUUUACCUAAAGGAGAUGUAGCGAAGAGAGUAAGAAGAGAGAAGGAUAGAAAUGCUAGUGUUAAUAAAUAAGCUUCAAUUUUAACUCAACCAGAAGGAAGAAGCCACCAAGUUCAAGGAGAUAUCCCUCAAAGCUUGCAAUCAGGAUAUCAAGAAGCUUAGAAAAUCUGUAUUAGAUCUGAAGGAAUCUAUUAAUACUUAUGAGGAGAAGAAUCUGUCACUUCAGUCACAAAUGAAGGCUAAAGAUGAUAUUAUUAAAAAAUUUGAAUCGAAAAUCAAAGGCUUCCAAAAUACCAAAUCUAUUGCUGUUCAAAUGCAGAUUGGAAACUCAGAUGAACUUCAGAGGCUCAAUACCUUAGAAGAUUACGCUUUCCAACAAGAUUCUCCCAUCAGAAACAAGAAGCAUUCCAGUCGAUCAAAUGAGAGCAUGUGACACAGAGAGAAACCUUUGGAUAGAACAAAAUCGAAGGUAAGCAAAAAGACUCCCAUUCAAAAAUUGACUGGUCUGAGCUAUGAUUCUCUGCUUGCAAUGACCAUUACAUAAGCGAAGGAGAUCGAGAAAGGUCUCCGUCAUUUCGAAAGCAUGAGCUAUGAGGACUGAAACAACUGAUCUGUGAUCGACACUUCAAGAUCUUUACAGAGAUUCAAUUUUGAAAGAAAACAGAAUUAUUCUUAACAAAAAACAAAACCUGAAACU